UCCUCCUCUCGCUCUCUCACACACAGCGAGCUCUACUCUGUUUACAUGUCCUUGUUCCCUCCCCUUCAGAUAGAUCUCCAGUUUGAAGAUGGGUGUAACCAACAUGCUGGUGUAGUGCAGGAGCUGAGACACAUGCUGUUCAGAUCAGAGCUCAAACUAGUUUCCAUUCUCAGGAAGUGAGACUCAGACGGUGGUUGUCACUGAGAGGUGAAAUGGCGCAAAAAGGAGUUCAGCUGGACCGGGAAACUUUCUCUUGUUCCAUCUGUCUGGAUCUAAUGAAGGAUCCGGUGACUACUUCCUGUGGACACAGCUACUGCGUGGACUGUAUAAAAAGCCACUGGGAUGAAGAGGAUUGUAAAAAAAUCUACAGCUGUCCUGAGUGCAGGCAGAGCUUCACACCGAGGCCUGUCCUGCUGAAAAACACCAUGUUAACAGAUCUAGUGGAGGAAAUGAAGAAGACUGGACUCCAAGCUGCUCCUGCUGAUCACUGCUAUGCUGCAGCUGAAGAUGUGGCCUGUGAUGUCUGCACUGGGAGAAAACUGAAAGCACACAAGUCCUGUCUGGUGUGUCUGGUCUCUUACUGUGAUCAACACCUUCAGCCUCAUUAUGACUCCCCUGCGUUUGAGAAACACAAGCUGGUGGAGCCCUCCAAGAAUCUCCAGGAGAACAUCUGCUCUCGUCAUAAUGAGGUGAUGAAGAUGUUCUGUCGUACUGAUCAGCAGUGUAUCUGUUCUCUCUGCUCUGUGGAUGAACACAAAGGCCACGACACAGUCUCAGGUGCAGCAGAAAGGACUGAGAGGCAGAAAGAGCUCCAGGGGAGUCGACAAAACAUCCAGCAGAGAAUCCAGGAGAGAGAGAAAGAUGUGAAGCUGCUACAACAGCAGGCGGAGGACAUCAAUCGCUCUGCUAAUAAAGUGUUGAAGGACAGUGGGAAGAUAUUCACUGAGCUGAUCUGUCUCAUAGAGAAAAGACGCUCUGAUGUGAAGCAGCAGGUCAGAUUGCAGCAGGAAAGUGAAGUGCGUCGAGUCAAAGAGCUUCAGGAGAAGCUGGAGCAGGAGAUCACUGAGCUGAAGAGGAAAGACGCUGAGCUGGAGAAGCUCUCACACACAGAGGAUCACAACCAGUUUCUACACAACUACUCCUCACUGUCACCACUCAGCCAAUCAACAUCCAGAAUACAUAUCCGUCCUCUGAGCUGCUUUGAGGACGUGACAGCGGCCGUGUCAGAAGUCAGAGAUAAACUACAGGAGGUUCUGAAAGAAACAAACGUCUCCGUGACAGUUACUGAAGUGGACGUUUCACUGCCACAACCAGAACCCAAGACCAGAGCUGACUUCUUAAAAUAUUCACGUGAAAUCACACUGGAUCCAAACACAGCAUACACACUGCUGUUAUUGUCUAAGGGGAACAGGAAAGCAACAAUGAUGUGUAAAGAUCAGCCUUAUCCUAGUCACCCAGACAGAUUCUUUGAAAGCGGGCAGGUCCUGAGUAGAGAGAGUCUGACUGGACGUUGUUACUGGGAGGUGAAGUGGAGAGCAGAUUUAGUUUUUAUAUCAGUCACAUACAAGGAUAACAGCAGAGCAGAGGAUGAAUUUAGAUUUGGAUACAAUGACAAAUCUUGGGCAUUGUAUUGUGACUUUAACAGUGUUAAAUUUUGGCACAACAAAGUCGAAACUCCCAUCUCAGGUCCUCCGUCCUCCAGAAUAGGAGUGUACCUGGAUCACAGUGCAGGUAUUCUGUCCUUCUACAGCGUCUCUGAAACCAUGACUCUCCUCCACAGAGUCCAGACCACAUUCACUCAGCCGCUCUACGCUGGACUUAUGCUAUAUGAUUUAAGAGACACUGCUGAGUUCUGUAAACUAAAGUAGACAAAAGUCGUUUAAGGGUUAAACUCUAUGUUUUCAGUCUUAAACUUAUUUUGUCUCCAUGUUUGUUGCUAAGACCUGACUGUUGUGGCAUUUCUUCAUUGCACAGAGAUCAGCUGCCAAUCAAACAUUAUGGGAUGUCCUUUGACAUCUUGUCAUUAGUUGUAGUGUAAAUGUUUGAGUUUCUUUAGGCGGCGCUCAUUCCUGUGUCUGUUCAGCCACGGAGGCUAUCACUGCUCAUGAUGAUGUUUGCUGACAUGAACUGAAAAUGUAAACUUCUCUGCUCUCUAAAUGUUUGAUGAAUAUUUGUGAUUACGUAUUUGUAUUUUGUUGUGACUCUUCCACUGCAUGGCUCUGAAGAGAGAAAGCACCAGACCUUCUUUAUAUUCCAUACUUUGUUCUCUCUGUGGAGAAAUCUAUAAUCACAUUAAUGUGUUUGGCGAACCAAAUGUUGUUGUUAUGAGGUAUUGUAGAACUUUAUCCUGAUCAUAACCAACAAGUAGAUCAUUCAUUAUUCUCUUUUACAUAACUGAGAUUCAAACAAACUGAUUGUGUGGAGGACGUGAAUCUGUACGUGAAACCACUGGACACUUUACUGAUGGGAUGUGUGAACAAACUGAAGGUUAACAUGAUGAAUAAACUAACAUGAAC